CGUCUGUAAUGUGAUAACAUUAGACGAGCUAUGUGAGUGCCCCGACCGGCUGCCCGACCACAUAGGACAGCAGCAGCAGGUCCUCAGUUAGCUACAGUACCACAGAUCUGGCUCCUAGCCUGGCACAGAGCAUCACACAGACAAUACAUCUGGGACAGGUGCCUCUGCGCCCAACUCUCUCUCUCUCUCUGUAGGCCUGAGGGAUAAGGGUGAUGUCAGAGGGCCUGGGGCCAGAGGGGGGGCUGUCUCAGCCUGCCCCCCCCACCAUCACUGUUCAGGACCUGUCACACAGACCUGCACACACACCUCUGGACAGGAUCACACCUGCACACACACUUCUGGAUGGGAACACGCCUGUGGAGCAGGUGUCUGGCGUGGUGGACGAGACCUCCCCUUCCUCCACUUCCUCCUUCGAGUUGGUUGACAUGGAGCCAGCUCCGCCCCUGUACCAGCCCGUGCAACCCCAUUGGUUCUACUGUCGCCAUGCCGACUCCAAGGAUGUGUGGCUCCCUUUCAGCAGAAAGGACUCGGAGAGACUGGAACAGGCCUUGUCUACCGGAGGAGAGGAGGAGGAGGUGGUGGUGGCAGUAGAAGGGGAGAGAUAUGACGUGCGUGUUCGGGAGCGUCAGAGGUAUGCGGUGUACUGGGAGCAGGGCCCGUCAGAGGUGCGACGCUGUACCUGGUUCUAUAAAGGCGAUAAAGAUGCCAGAUACAUGCCCUACCCUGAGGAGUUCAGCACCAACCUGGAGGAUGCCUAUAUGAUAGCAGUGACUCUAGAUGAGUGGAAAAGGAAGCUGGAGUUUCCUUCAGGAGAGACAGUCAUCCUGCACAACCCUAAAUUGAUCAUGCAGUACCAGCCAAUCGCGUUGCAGGACGAGUGGGUCUCCUCUCCCUCGGAGCAGACUCGCCCACGUACUGUCAAGAGGGGUGUCGACAACAUCACAGCAGAGAUACCUGACGGUGAGCCAGAGACAAUAGAUCACCUGGUGUUCAUGGUUCACGGCAUCGGCCCCGCCUGUGACAUUCGCUUCAGAUCUAUCAUACAAUGUGUGAAUGACUUUAGGAGUGCGUCCCUGUCCCUGCUGGGGAGCCAUUACAGGAGAGGCCAGGAGGAGGGCAGGGUGGGCAGAGUGGAGUUCCUACCUGUCAACUGGCACAGCGCACUACACGGAGACGCCACUGGAGUAGACGAGGACAUCCAGAGGAUCACUCUCCCCAGUAUCAGUCGUCUGAGACAUUUCACCAAUGACACUCUGCUCGACCUGUUCUUCUACAACAGUCCUACCUACUGCCAGACCAUAGUGGACACUGUGGCCUCCGAGGUUAACAAGCUCCACUCACUGUUCAAACACAGACACCCAGAGUUCACUGGGGCAGUGUCUGUGGUUGGACACAGCCUGGGCUCGCUGAUCCUGUUUGAUCUGCUGACCAAUCAGAAGACAGGAUCAGGAGAGGCAGACAGAGAUGAGGGUCGUAACCGUGACCCCUGCCCUCUGACCUGUGAUGCGUUGGAGCAGGCUCUAUGCAGAAUGGGCCUCCAGGAGCACCUGGCUACCCUACAGAGCGUGGACCUAGACCUUGACUCACUGGCUCUGUGUGACGAGACUGACCUGACAGAGCUUGGAAUCCCUCUGGGACCGAGGAAGAAGAUCCUCAGCUUCAUACGGAAGAGACACUUCCUACAGGAGGGUCGGCAGGGGACGGUGCUUUUGGCCCCCGGGCUGCAGGCCCCCCCAGACCCCUCCGACGAUGCCCCCUCUUCCACGGUUAGCCUUGGCAACCAGUCUCCAGGGGCGUCGGCACGCCGACAGCAGUUUCUCAGAGUCCAGUCCAUAACAAGCGCUGUUGACUACGAAUACUUCGACGUGGGCAUUGGACAGACCAACGGGGGCAUAGCCAAGGGACAGGUGUCCAUUAACUACCCCCAGCUGGCAUUCCAUCCUCAGACCUUCUUUGCAUUCGGUUCUCCCAUCGGAAUGUUCCUGACCGUCCGUGGACUCAAACGCAUCGACCCAAACUACACCUUUCCCACCUGCAAGCACUUCUAUAACAUAUACCACCCUUUUGACCCUGUGGCCUAUCGGAUCGAGCCCAUGAUUGUGUCUGAGUCAGACCUAGAGCCCAUGCUGAUCCCACAUCACAAGGGCCGCAAGAGGAUGCACCUGGAGUUGAAAGAGAGUCUGACGCGGAUGAGUACUGAUCUGAAGAAUAACGUUCUCGGCUCGUUUCGUACUGCCUGGCAGUCUCUGGUCCGAAUGCCCGUCGCUGCACUGCCCCCGGUGGAGGAUGGAGAAACUACAGCAGAGAGAUCCCUGCAGGAGACAGAGGUCCCUGCGGCAGCCUGCGCUGCUGUGAGGGAAGAGAGUAAGGCUGAUUUGUGGACAAAAAUUCUGGAGUGGCCCAAAGCCCUUCACUUACAUUACUUCCAAGGUGUGCAUGAAGAGGCGGAGUCUCCAGGGUCGGGGGAGGAGGAGGAGGGACGUCAGGUGAAGGUGGGGAUGCUGAAUGGAGGGCGGAGGAUAGACUAUGUACUGCAGGAGGCACCCAUCGAGAGUUUCAACGAAUAUCUGUUUGCCAUCCAGUCCCACCUCUGCUACUGGGAGUCUGAGGACACUGCUCUGCUGCUGCUAAAGGAGAUCUACGACAAACUGGGUGUGGCCUUUGAGCAGCCACAGCAGUAACAAAGGCUUUAUAAACACAGAGAGACUGGUAUAAAGGCUUAAUAUCACAUUAAUUCCAUGGAGAUGCACCGUUGAGGCCCUUUGCUCUACUAGAUGCUGAAAGGAGUAAGGCAAGUAAGUCAAUAAAAACAGAGACAUAAAGAUUGAGUAACCACACAGUUAUAAAGGCUUUAUAAACAUGCAGCGAGAGAGGGCUAUAAAGGCUUUGUACAUACACAGAGCGUUAUUAAUAAGUUACUAAAGUGUAAUAAAAGCAACAUGAUGAAGGACAGCGGCCACAGAUACAGCCACAGCUCUCUCCCAGAAUGCCUUGUGUCUGAGCCUCACAAAACUGUUGAGUCACCUCCUCAGACAAGAUGGCAUCUGCCUCUGGGUGUGUGUGUCAAGGGUGUGACAAAGAAGUGCUCCUUGAAGAACCAAACCUGUCCCAGCUGACAUGAAGAGGACUGGAGAACCCAUAGAGAUGUAGUAGAGAGCUCAUCUUCUAUCCAAGUGAGCCCUCUAUCCAACUCUAUGGGAUAACCAUAGUGAAGACUGUUUUUCCAUUCUCCUAAAACCACACUGAAGGAUUUGGGUUUGAGCCGCUGGAUCCUCCUGUCGCAGGGGCAGACUGCAUGUAACAUGUGUGUUUCUAAACAAUCAGAUCCUGUUUGAUCAUGUCUGGAUCAUAACUUUUAUAUAUGUUAUUUUCAGGUCAUUUCUUUUUACUUUGCCUUAGACUUAACAUGUCCUAUAAUACAUAUACAACGACACAUGAUUAUGCAGGAUGAUGAUUCCUCUCCUGUGUGUUUAGUGCAUGUCUCCAGAAGGUUGUAUACCAGUACGUAUCAGUACAUACUUGACUACCAAAAAGGUAACACUUUACUUAGAUGCUGCUUGAGGCUUGGAAAAGCAUUUAUAAGGGUAUAUAAACAUGUAGGGCAUUACGACUCCUUACGUCAUGCAUAUGAUGGCUGCAUAUCACUCUAAGUAAAGUGUUACCAUAAAAAGUACUCCACCUAUAAUUCCAGUGCAAUGUGAUGUUCUGAUAAUCUCACUCCUCUCUACAUUAACUGAUAAUGAAGUUUUUGUAUUUAUUUGUAUCAUGUAAAAGCUAAGUAUUUAAAUAACAUAAGAUAUCUUUAAUGGAACUGACAAGACAUUUUUCCUCCAAGCACUUAUCGGAGAGGCAGGUUUGUAUGAGGGGAGAAAAGGGAGUGUGUGUAUAAAUCAAGAGAC